AUGACAGCUGAGUGUGUCUGGUUGUGUGUGGCGCUCUGGAUGAGCAGCCCUGCAGCGGGACACACACUCAACGACUCCUCACUUUUGACAGAGGAGAUCUUUUCUUACAGGGAGCACGUGCUGAACGUGUCGGGGCGCUUGGAUAACCGGAGCGCGGGCUUUUUCCUCCUGGACUUUGACGAGGGCUUGCUGGAGGACUGGCGCUCUCUGGCCAGUGAGAAGCGGCGCGGCGCGGAGUCUCAGGACGGCAGAGUCAAAGCGCUGCUGGUGGCCGCAUACUCUCUCAUCAUUGUCAUCUCCCUGUUCGGGAACACGUUGGUGUGCCAUGUGGUGGUGAAAAACAAGCGCUCCCAGUCCUCCACCAGCUUGUUCAUCAUGAACCUGGCUGUGGCUGAUAUCUUCAUCACAGUCCUCAACACGCCCUUCACCCUGGUCCGGUUCGUGAACAGCACCUGGGUUUUUGGGAGGACAAUGUGUCACAUCAGUCGCUUUGUACAGUACUGCUCCCUGCACGUCUCCACUCUCACACUGACCGCCAUCGCUCUGGAUCGUCGGCAGGUGAUUUUACAUCCUCUGAGGCCUCGCAUGUCUCUGUCACAAGGCAGUGUGUGGGUCGCUGUUAUCUGGAUAAUGGCCAGCUGCUUCUCCCUCCCUCAUGCAAUCUACCAAAAACUCCUGACUUUUACAUACAGUAAGGAAAAGGAGCGCAGCCUGUGCGUCCCUGACUUCCCAGAGCCAUCAGAUGUCUAUUGGCAGUACAUUGACCUCCUGACCUUCAUAUUGCUCUACGUGCUGCCACUCCUCAUCAUCACUGUGUCCUACACCACGGUGGCCUGCCGGCUGUGGCGCCACAAUGCCAUCGGUGAUACCACAACAGCUCAGCAUGCCACCCAGAGAAGAAAGCGGCGGCGGACGUUGGCCAUGUUGCUCCUGGUGGUCGGGGUGUUUGCCGUCUGCUGGUUCCCACUCAACUGCUACGUGGUGCUGCUGUCCAGCCAGGCCAUCCACUCCUCCAAUGCGCUGUACUUCUGCUUUCACUGGCUGGCUAUGAGCUCCACCUGCUACAACCCAUUCAUCUACUGCUGCCUGAACCCCACCUUCCGCCAGGAGCUUAGGCUGCUCUUCGAAAUGUGCAGGAGGACACAGAGGGCGGUGGUCGGGUUGGAGCCAGAGCUCCGCCCCGUACCUGCUCCGUGUCACAGGACUGCCUGGCCCGACAACCACAAGUCCUCUAGGCCAAGGCACGCUCUAUCGCACCCGGGCCACUCCUCCUCACAGCAGAGCCAUGCCUCCUCCAAUCAGUCCCACAACCCCAAAGAUACGCAUGUGCUUUUCACGGCUAGGCAGGUCCUCACAGGAAGAACUGACAUCCUCUCAGUCGAGCCCAUUGUGGCUGUGAGCUGA